ACUCCUACUGUACGCCACACAACUCCUCCGUUUCUGAUUGGAUGAACAAGGCAGUCUGUCUACGCUUUGACAUGCCGCGGAGCGACUGUUGCAGUGACUCGAGAGUCAGAGGAUCUAGCAGAAUGCCAGGCCAAAUUUCCCCAUGGCUGCUGCUUCUCUUUCUGGUUGGAACGACCCACGGCUGCCUUCAGGAUCCUUCUUCAGCCUACAAAUACACUGGGAUUGUGUGCAGACUCACCUAUCCUGCGGCCGCUGUGUUGAAUGAGAAAACCACUAAAGUUAUCGAGGCGGCUUUCCAACACGCCCGCUACCCAAGCAUGCAAGGAGAGAAAUCUGCCGGCCUCUUCGGCAAAGUCUCAUACGGCCUGGAAAAUUUGGAGAUUUACAACCUGUCGAUCGGCCGGAGUGACUUUGAGCUGCGUCCAGGGGAAGGCAUCGGUCUGGAGAUACGCAACGUCUCCGCCGUGUUCAGUGGCACCAUUCAGUACGGAUAUGGCAGCUGGCUAGUCAAUGUUGGACACAAACUUGACUUUGAGAUUGAAACUCAGAUUGAUCUUGGAAUCAACCCAAAACUUUACUGCGGUAGUUCAAAGGUCGCUGCAGACACGUCUGAUUGUUACCUGAAUUUUCACAAGUUUCGCCUCUAUCUGGAGGGAGACAAGGAGCCCAACUGGCUGAAGAAGCUCUUCACCGACUUCAUCACCUUCACAGUGAAGCUGGUCGUCAAAGGACAGAUCUGCAAAGAGAUCAACAAGCUGGCGGACAUCCUGGCUGAGUUCAUCCAAGACACGGCGGCGAACUUCCUCAGUGACGGCGGCAUCAGUGUCGACAUCGGCGUAACCACGACUCCUGUCAUCACAGCGGACUACAUAGAGUCCUACCACAAGGGUCUGACAACCUACUUAAACUUGACUUCUGUGAUCAACGCCUCAGUUUUUCACCCAGAUCGUCUGACUGAAAACAGGAUGCUUUACUUCUGGUUCUCAGACGACGUUUUCAAACCACUGAUUGCUGCUGCUCAUCAAGAUGGCCGCUUCCAACUUAACAUUUCAUCAGAGGACCUUAAGACGCUCUUUGAGACAAAUCUCUCCAGUACCAAGCCCGAGUAUGUCACACAGUGCCUGUCGGAAUCGGCCUCCGCGGAGCUGAGAGUGUGGAGCUCCUCUGUUCCCGCUCUGAGCAGCUCCGCCGCGGGGACGUCCGUCCGGGCUCGGGCCACCGGGGAGCUCCGCUGCGGGAGCCGAAACGAGCCAACGCUGUCCUUUCAAGCGAACGUCACCGUGGACGUCACAGCUUCCUAUGCAGACAAGAAGCUUUUUCUCCACGGCAAACCGCGACAGAUCUCCGUCAUCCGAGCUGAGCUGCCCCAGCAGAAUGAACUGAUCAACGACGAAGCUCAAGUCGAGUUUUUAAGGGAAGCUGUGGAGAAAAUAGGCAUUCCUAAAGUCCUGUCUGUCUUGGAGGUGGAGAUAACCAGGUUGAUGGACAAACAGGGGGCCAGCUUGUUUGACAUCAUUGACCCCGAGGUGCUUCAUCGGGAAGGAUACGUUGUGACUCAGAUGGAUUUCGGUUUCCCUCAUCAUCUUCUGGUGGACUUCCUCAAGAGGACGCUGCAGUGACCGGGCAGCUGGAAGCGUCCAGAGCCAGUCUUCCUACGUGCCACUCAAAAAUCUGUUUCUAGCAACACUAUUUACCUUACAUUUAGAAAGUAAAGAAGUAAACAACAAGAACAACAACAACAAAAAAUGCUGACAAACUAAUUCAUUUCCUUUUGCUUUUUGUUAUUGUAGAAAUAAACAAAACACAGAUUUGAAGUUGAUACUGACGUCAUCCAGAAAGACUCACUGAACAUUUCUUUAGUUUUGAUUUGUGCUUUUUUUGUAUGUUAAAUAUAUAUAUAUAAAUACCCCA